AUGCAGGGCAAGCUCUGUGUCAUCUGCAACCAAACACAGUCUGGGACCAAUCUCCCCUACCCCCAUGUGCAGAUUGGCAAGUUUCAUUCAUUCAUGCUGUGCUGCAAGGCACAUCUCAUCAGCAGCAUCAAUGUGAAGAAAUUUGAAGAACUCAUUGACCAUGAGCUUGACAACCUGAAGAAGAAUGGAGAUUGGAUGGUGGAUGAGCUGGUUGAGGGAUUGCAGCCUGAGGAGGAGGAGGAGCUGGAGGCUACGCCCAUGUGCCACAGUGUCCUCAACCUGAGGGACAGCAAUGCACUGCUCACCUGCUGCACCAACCUCAUGAGUCAGCAUCUGUGGAUCCACCACCACAGCAACAGCAACUGCAUCCUCUACUUCUGCAAGGGCUCCCACCUGGUGCGCUACCUCUUCUCCAAAUUCAAUAAGCAAGGGCGCAAGCCAGGGCAGGAGCUGCUGGCAAAGAAGCAGAGGACCACUGCAGCAGAGAAGAAGGCAGCAGUGGCAGAGAAGAAGGCGGCAGGGAAGAAGGUGGUGGGGCAGAAAGCAGUAGGGAAAAAAGUGGGGGUGAAGGGGAAGACAGCUCCAAAGGCAAAGAAGGCAACAAAGAAGGGGAGCAACAUGGACAACACUACUCCAGAGGCCAAGGCUGAUGGUGAGACCAAGGGUGACAAUGAUGACGACCACAACGCUGAAGGUGAAGAGCAGCCAGCUCACAGCUCCAACCACGCAGUGGCUGACAGCAAGCUGUACUCAGCGAAAAAGGGGCAACACUCUGUCACGCUACUCGUCCUCGUCACCCUUGAUGGGACAAUUCUCUGGCUUGGCCGGUCUCAGGGAGGAUCCACUACCAAUCUCGCACUGGCCCAUGCUGAGCUCAACACCUGGCUCUCACAGUUUGACUGUGAUGAGCACGGCAUUGCUGAUGCCAGCUUUAAUGUGGGCGGCGGGCGGUGGGCAGUGGGCGGCAGGCGGCAGGCGGCAGGCGGCAGGCAGCGGGCGGCGGGCGGUGUUGAUGAUCGCCUCCUCACACCUCCUCCCUACAUCGAGGAGACACGGGCGGCGUACCGUGAGUUCUCUCGCGUGCGGAUCGUGGUGGAGCAAUCCAUCGGUCGAGUGAAGAACUGGGCUGCCGCACGAGAAACCCUGCGGUUGCCCACCUCGAGGCGUGACGAGCUCUACGCCUUCCACCACAAGGUGUGGACCAUCAUCUCCGUCCUUGUCAACAAAUACCAACGCAUCUCGCACAUGUGGGACGAAUAA